AUGAUUCAUAGCAACAACCAGGAAAGGGUGGUCAAAAUUUGUAAAAAUGGGAAGCUGCAGACGUCUCAGCAUUCUGCCAACCGAAAUUUAAAACGCCACAACCAACACCAGGAACAAGAAACACAACAAGAAAAUCCGCAAACACAACAACAAAACCAACAACACCAGCAACAACACAUCUGCCUAGAAUGUGAACGAUCAUUUAACAGCGAAAGUGCACUGAAGCAGCACUCGAACAUUCACACUUCACUGAAGCCAUUCAUCUGUCCAACAUGCUCCAGAGCCUACACGCAACAAACCAGUCUCAGCAGACACAUCCGGUUCAAUCCAAAAUGCUCUAAAAACUACAACAAAAAGAGAAACCUCCAUCUAAUGAACAAUUACGUCACUAAAACUAAUUCGACGCCAAAGUAUGAUGAAGGAACAAAAUAUGAUGCUCAUAAUAAAAGCAGUGCUAAAUUUCAAGAUGAUAGCAAGAUGAAAUCUAACAAAGAGGUGAACAACUUUGAUUCACAAAAAUCAACUAACAAUGGGGAUGAUUCAAACUCAGAAUGUUUAGCAAUUGAUUCUACUGGAUCAAUAUCUCCAAUUGAAAAUAAUUCUAAUACAUUUAGUGGAAUUUUAAAUGCAGAGCAAAAUGAUGCAACAGCGUAUAGCGACAAGUUUUACCCAAAUCCACUUGUUAAGUGUGACGCAGAUGAUAACAACAACCUCAAAGGCUGCACCAACAACGUCAACAGCAACAGCGUCAACAACAUCAACAGCAACAACAACAGCAACAGCAACAACAACAACAACAACGGUAAUAUGAAGAAGACCAGCGACGACAUCAUCAACAGCUGCAGUAGCAACUGUAGCUGCAGUAGCAACUGCAACAACAAACGAAAGCAUAAUUUUUCAGAUAUUGAAAGUUUGGCAAGUGUGAAGCGGAGAAAAUUUUCUGUUAAUGACAUACUACAAAGCUGA